UUGUGGGUCUGAAGGAAACACUUGCAGUCUGAACCUGGUAGCUGCUGCCGUCUGAGACCUCAUGGAGACUUCGAUGCUUUGGAUCAGCGUCCUUUUAGGGAUCUGUCUGACUGGUUCAUCUCUUGCUUUUUCCCAAGCGCUCUUCCACCAGCAUGCUGCUUCUUUACAAAGAGCCCAUCCUCCACAGAGGUCUUCUCAUAAUGUGGCCCAGCAGCAGCAGCAGCUGCUGGAGGAGCCGCAGCAGGUGAACACGGUCACUGUGAUCUGCCACCCGGACUCUCUGGAGGUUGUGAUCGCAGCCGACAUGUUUGCAGUUGGAGCCCCUGUCGACAGCCACCAGCUGCACCUCGGUGUGGAGAACCAUGACUUCUGCAGGGCUGAGCCUACAUCACCAGAGGAGUACAGAAUUCUUGUUGGACUGGAUGACUGUGGCACCAGGCAUUGGAUGACUGCGGACUCUCUGGUCUACACGAACCUCCUCAUCUACUCUCCCAUGGAAUCUCCUUCUGGAAUUGUUCGCAUGGAUGAGGCCGUAAUUCCAGUGGAGUGUCACUAUGAAAGGAAGUACAGCCUGUCCAGUUCUUCCCUCAUGCCAACCUGGAUUCCCUUCACAUCAACUCAGUCUGCAGUGGAAACUUUGGAGUUUAACCUGAAGAUCAUGUCCGAUGACUGGCUGUAUGAAAGGGUUUCCAACAUGUUCUACCUCGGAGAACCCAUCAACCUGGAGGCCUCGGUGCGAGUCGGACAUCACAUGGGGCUCAGGGUGUUUCUGAGCAGCUGUGUGGCCACGCUUCAGCCAGACAUCUACUCUGAUCCUAAAUACAUCUUCAUUGAAGAUGGGUGCCUGGUUGACUCUCAGCUUCCAGACUCCAAGGCCCACUUCUUAUCCAGACUUCAUGAGGAAAAACUGCAGAUGACCAUUGAAGCCUUCAAGUUUCAUAAUGAUGACCAUAAUCAGCUCUACAUCACUUGCCACCUAAAUGCUGUGCCGGUGAACGAUGCCGAAGCACCGAACAAGGCCUGCACUUUCAUCAAUGGAAGGUGGCGUUCUGCUGAUGGAAACGACUACUUGUGUGGUUACUGUAAAAACCAAAACGAGGCAUACACGAAGUCAGUCUCUGGUGUGUUCAGUCCUCGAGCUUUUGGAAGUCUGCCAGAAUCUGAACACGUGUGGAGGACUGGACUGAAGACUAAUAAAGUGUGGGACCAUGAAGCAAGACUGGGUCCACUGGCUAUUCUGCCACAAAGGAAAAGUUUCCCCCUGCCUGCAGAGGAGCUCCCUGAAGUUCUCUACAACAUCCACAGACCUGCACUGUACGGCAGCUACUGGAGGAGUGGACUAAACCGUUUUGCUCUGAAAGGACUGCACCCUGACUUUGAACCAGAACUGGGAGCUGAAAUGGAAGAGGAACUGAAAGGAGCUGAAGAGCAAACUGAACCGGAACAUCCCCUGGAGCUGGACACAAAGUCUGUGGUGCACAAAAACGCAACAGUCUCCAAUCACAUCGACAAAAACCUUCUGGUCAAGACUACAACCGCCUCUGUAAACUCUACUCAUGCUGCCCUUUCAGAUACUACUGACCCAAAAUAAAGAUUUAAAGAUUUGACUUUCAA